AUUCCUGCCGCAGUCGCCUGCACAGCCAACAACAGCUGCCUCACCAUGAAGCUGCUGGUGGUCCUCAUGCUGGCCGCCCUCCCCCUCUACUGCUCUGCAGGGUCUGGCUGCCAACUUCUUGAGGAUGUGAUUGCAAAUAUAAUUGAUCCCACGGUGUCUACGAGUCAACUUAAAGACUCUUUUCAAGAGUUCAUACCAAAUAAUGAAACUGCCAACGCCGUAGAUGAAUUCAAACAGUGUUUUCUCAAUCAAUCAGACAAUACUCUGAACAAUGCUAGAGAGCUGGUGCAAAUAAUAUAUAACAGCUUUUGGUGUAAGGCAUUUUAACUUUCUACAAGACCCUGGGCUCAGACUGUGGUCGGAAACCGACUGCCAAUUGCUGAGGACCAAAAUU